AUGGAGAACGCUAUGCCUUAUUGGCACUCAGCAUGGGAGUUUAUGCUACGGGUGAAACCCCAGCUUCCUACGACAAAUGUCAUCUUGAUCAUAUCAAUGUUGGCAAUGAUGUGGUAUAGAUAUAGGUCUGGUGGAGCAAAUUCUUCCAGAGCGACCCGCAGGCUCACUGUCGUAGCUGAAGAUGAUUUCCCCCCUAUCAAGCCUCUUGACAACUUUAAGUGGGAGACGACAGAGCCCAUACGGCUACGGCCGUUCAAACCGAAAUAUAAUCUUACCAUGGCGCUUGAAACACUUGAGCCAAGCGAGCUGAUACCCAUAGACAAGGAAUAUAAAUAUAGAAUCUCCGAGCGCCGAAAGGUUCUCAAAGAACAUCAUGAUAUUGUCGUGGGUAUCCAUUCUCAACCUGGCUCAUUAGAUGGUGAUACUAGAGAGAUCCCAUUGGCUCAUGAUGCCAUCUGCGAGUUAUAUGAAUUUGUUAUGGGAAUAUAUCUCCCAAAUCGAUACCCGACAAUGUUCAAACUGCUUGAAGCGAAAUACGAAAGUUGCAAGGUGUUCAUGUUGCAGAAUAAGGUAACAGGGGAGGUCCUGCCCGCAAGUGUUUCACCAGGCCGUCCAUUGGUAAAUGCAUUAGAAACCUUAGCCAAAACGAUUGAUGAGGACAUGCUUAUUCUCCUACCCGCUGAGUUCGAGAAGAAAUUAGAGAAAAACAAGAGCGACGGGCUAAGAGAGAGAAGUAAAGGUAAGGGGAAUGAUCCAGUUACGGUCCCAUCGAAGGGUGAGAACGGAGACGUCAAAUAUCUACUUCAAGCAUACGUGACGUGUUUCCCUUCGGGAUUUAAUACUCGGGAGAAACUAGGCAAACCAUUGAAUGGGAUUCACGAGCCGGUACCAGGGUAUAAAGAGAAGCUUGAGAGGAGUAUGGAUCGCUACUUUGAAAAGCUUGAGGUCGGAAAAUUUGUGAAACGGGUGAACUGGGGCAUCACCACGGGGGCUGAGCUCUUCUAUGCAUUCGGAGACAUUCAUUCGGCGAAAAUCGAGAAGCUGAAACCAUUACGACUCGAACAGCUGGAUCUUGAUGACGCAAACAUUCUUACGCUAUACCCGAUUCGGCAGCUCAAGGAGGAAGGCUGCGGUGAGGACCUUGCUGCUGCAAUUGAGGGUCUUGAGAACGGGAAUGUCCCACUGAUGGCUAGAUAUAAACGAGUUCCGGUAUGGGGGGAAGCAGUUAAAGAAUACCUAAGGGGUUGA